CAAGUAUUGGGACCUAUGUCCUUCAACUUGCACCUCCCUCCAUAUCUGUGAAGUUCACCACACUGCUUUAUUUUAUUCAGGAGUUAAUUGUGUGGACUGUUUACUGCUGGCCAUGACAACAGCUUCACAAGGUGCAGCUCUCCACAUGCUAGGCUGGCUGGCACUGUAAUAUCUGCUUUAUUAAAUAGUGAGAAAUGGAUGAGAGACACUGGUGGAUAGCAGGCAAAGUGCAGCAGGCACUGGACAAUGGCGGCGAGGAAAGCUCUGCCGCCUUGGAAGCCUUUAUACUGGAAGCUGCCAACCUCCAGCUGGUCAACAGGUUUCUGCAAGCUGGAGGACACAAAGCCAUCUUUUUUUCAAUAGAAGCUAAUGACAAAACAAAUCCAUUAACCUGGACAUUUCACGUCAAAUCUGAACUUCAAAAUUUGGAAAGUGUGCACUUAAAGACGACUUUUACCACAUUACUUUACUUUCUACGUUUUGAGACAAAUCAUGAUGUCGAUGCUGGUUUGAUGGAGAAAGAAAUAUUCUGUGGUGAGAUAAAGGAAAACCCAGUGGAGAGUCUGAGAUGUUUAAUAAAUGAAUUAUACAUCCCACUUCUGCGUGCUCAAAAAGACUGGGGCCUCUGCAGCCAGGAAAAUGUUACUAGUUUUCUUUCAGGCCUAGACAAAUAUGUUUCAUCGAUUGAUGAAGCAACCACCAUGACUGAUUUGGAAAAACACCAUAUCACGAUUUUGAAGAGACCGCAGAAUAUUGUCAGUCCUGACUUUCUACUGCAGAGAGCUGCUGUUCUAGACCAAGAGACACUCAGUGAAAAUGAAACUCUUGUUUCUGAGUGGAUGAAAACCAUUGAUCAGGUUUUAAUGGAAGCCAUUGAUGAAAGGGUGCUAGAUAUUACCACAACUCCGCUGACUGAACUUGAGCGCUGGCACCACAGGCAGAAAAUUUUGGGUUUAAUAACUGAACAAUUACGAGGAAAAGAGUGUAAAUCUGUCAUUGGUGUUAUCAUUUCUUCAAAGUCACGUCUUCUAAAGAAAUGGAAAGCAGUUGAUAUCAGUAUUACAGAGGCAAUGAAUGCUGCUAAGGAUCGUGUUAAGUACUUAGAAGCACUUUGUCGCCAUUUCGAUGCUUUGAACACAGAAGACAAUCCGGAAAACCUUAUAAAAAGUAUCCUACCAGCUUUCUUCAACAGUAUCCAACAAAUGGAGAUGCUGACGCGACAUUUCUCAAGGAAUGGAUAUUUGGGACUACUACUCACUAAGGUAUCAAAUCACUUGGCUCUAAAUUGCAAGGAUUUCCUAAAAGAAAUAAUUUCAGAAGAUUCAAAGGAUCAGCUUUGGGAAAUUAUCAAGGGACAUAUCAUGAAAGAUAAAAAGGAAACACUAUCGAUAAGUGGUAUUGGAGAGGAAAAAAUACUUAAAAAAGAGAAACUUAAAGUAAAGGUGCUAAAUGGUAGUUUUUAUGAACGAAUUCAAGCGUGCCUGGCAGUCUACACAUGCUUUCAAGAAGAAGUUCGGCAUUUACGUGAGUGGUUACUAGGGGCGCAUGGACUUCAGAGAUACUCAUCUUUAAGUUCUGUUUCUACUGCACCCGGGAGAUUGUCCUCUUCCCUUCCUUUGCAAACUGUCAAAACUAAUAAAAUCAAUAUGAGGGUGACAUUGUCAGUACAAUCCAGCUCAGAUCAACAACAUGACUACCAAAGCAGUGGUGUGGCUAUAACAGAUGAUGAUACAAUCAUGUAUCAUUUGGAGGGACUGAGUGUCAAGCUGAAGCAAACAUUAGACAUAUUGGGCAAGCUGCAAGAGUACAAAAUAUUGUCUAAGCUUACCGAAGGCCUAAGAAAACCUGCCCAGGAAGAUCUUAUGGAAGAUGAAGAUGUUGAAUCCGGAAGUGUCUUUGAAAUUCCUACUCAAGAAGAUUCAAAAGAGUCAGAUGUCCAAACUGAAUCUUCCUCUUACCAAACACAAAUUAGUCAAAUUACAAGUACACCGGGAAAAUUGCAGACUCUUAUUGAGGAGGAUGAACCUCAGAUAUUAAUGCAAGACUCCUCCGUGCUCCUUGCCCCAUCUGAGAAAUGUGAGAAUAGUUCUACCCAAGCGGCAUCUGAUUUAAAAUAUGAUCAAUUUUCAUCAAAUAAGGAAGAAGAGCGUGAAAUUGGGCUGUCACAUGAGGAAAAACACAUGUUAGCAAACCUGUACAACAGAGAGGAUGUAGAUGACGAUGAGUGCACCCUGUCCUCUGUUCUUUUGGAAAAACUGGAGCAGAUGAUUGAGCUGAUGACUCAGUACAUAGAUGCAGAUAUACUGCUGGAUACAGAGAGGAGGGAUCGUGACCCCUUUGAAGAAGGUUACUCAGAAUUCUUAGUCAUGAACCAACAAGCAGAAAAGUACAUUUCUGUGUAUAUACAAGCUUUGUUCCUCAGACAAAUGCCUUGCAAGGAUGCCCUUUCUAUUAUUCAAAGGUUUUCUAUUGUCAGCCAUCGACAAGGGAUACAGCACAUUGUCAAUGAGUGCUUUGUGGAGAUAUUUGACUGGUUUUACCUUGAAUUGAAGGAUGUUCAACAAGUAUAUGAGACCUUUAAGGAUGAACCCAUCUUGCCAAGAAACAUGCCCCCUGCAGUGGGAGCUAUUGUCUGGUCAAGGAAGCUGAUGUCAAGGAUUGAAAACAUCAUGAAGGCUUUUAAAAAUGUGCGAAUUGUAGCUACAACCCUUACUUAUUCAGAUACUGUCAAGCUGUACAAUAGAAUAGCAUCAGCCUUAGUGUCAUAUGAAGAAAUGUGGUAUCAGAAGUGGAAGUCGCACAUUGACAAAGGUCUGGGUGGGCUUCAUUUUACAUUACUUGUUCGGGAACCUGUUACGCAGCAGCUUAUGGUCAACACAGAUUUGAGAAUACUUCAGAUGAUUGAAGAGACGAAAUGGAUGUUGAGACUUGGAAUCCGUGUUCCAGAAGCAGCUCUGCUGGCAUUUCAUCAGGCUGAAAAACUAAAACUGUAUAGAAGCAAUUUAGAAGAUGUUGCAAAGGAGUAUGGAAGAAUUCAACAAGCGAUCCCUGAGAACUUUGCAGUGUUGUUCUCUGCCCAUCUGGAGAAAGUAAAUCAUCAGUUUCAGCCCGGACUAUCUACUUUAUCAUGGAGCAGCGUCAACAUAGAGGGCUUCCUUCACCAGACCAGUGCUGCUGUGAAACGGUUUCAAACCGUAGUUGCUGAAGUUACAGAAAUUAUAGAUUUGGUGAUUGAAAAAACACUUUCCAAGAUUUCAUGUUUGGAUUUGAUUCCACUGGAUGGAUUUACAAGUGCUCCAAAAAGUCCUGAAGAGUUUUUGCAUCUCAUGGAAACAUUUUUGACAGAACAGAAAAACAAGGUAGAAAAAAUGUCAUGUCUCAUAAAAAGUGGAUUUGAAGAUAUAUUAAAAUUACUCAAGACGUUUCAGGAUUCCCCUCCAGAAAGCAACAGACCAUCUGGAAAUUUGAGGAAUAUAUCCUCCAAAAAAGCUUUGAGUAAAUCUCAGCUAACCUCUAUGAAUUUCUCCAGUAAAGAAUACCCUGAUGAAGUUACCAGUCGAGUCCUAGAGUCAGUUAGUGAUCAGCUUUAUCAAGCUGCGUACACUAGUAUUUUGCGUUCCUUAGUCAUCCUAGCACAGUUAGCAGGAUGUAAGAUGGAUUGUAUUGCAAGAGGGCUUAUACCGUUAUUAAACGAAGCACCAGAUGGACCCAACACCCUACAGAAUAAAUCUCUUGUUAAUGAACAUAUGCUUAAAGAUAUUCUUUUCAGAUCUACAAUUCCACCAGAGCUGAGGUUUAAGUUGUCCCUUAAGUUUCAGAUCCCACAUAUUUUGAUAGAUCCUUCUAUAGAUGUAGCUGAAGGCGCCUUGCAUCGGGUUGUUCUUUCCAUCAUAAAUGUCAGCAGUUGUUUAAGCUGGUGGUCAGGAGAGAACAAAGGACAAUCAUUCCAUGUAGAAAUGGCUACAGAUGCGCUGCUGCAAUACAUUACAACGCAGGUUGUGGGAUCAGUAAGAGAUUUAAAUCCGGUGGUUAAGAAGCAUGUAUAUACCUUAAGCUGCUACGACUUCUUGUGGGCAGACAACAUGUAUAAACAGAGUCAAGAGUUUUUAGCUAGCAAUCCAAGCCUUGUUGCAAUGCACAAAGAAGUAAAUCGUUUUCUCAAGAUUGAAGAACAAAUUAAGGAGUACUCUGAAGUUCUGCAGUUAGGCAGUAUUUGUCUUGAUUACUCAUUAAUAAAGGAUACAUUAAAAGGUUUUGUUGGAAGUUGGAAGUCUCAUUAUGCAACAAUUUUACAUCAGCGUGUAAAAGAAGAACUUCUACAUGCUGUACAAUUCCAAGAGAAAGCAUGGCUGCAACUUACAAUGCCUGUGGAGAGCCUGGAGCAGUUGAACUCCAUUUUAUCACUUCUAGAAGAACUGCAAAAUAUGGAAAAUAAAAUUGAUGACGUGUACCAACCUAUAGAAAUAACAUACGAACAAUUAAGGUCCUAUCAGCUGCGCAUCCCAAGGGAAGAAGUAAAUCAUGUAACAAACUUAAGGAAUAAAUGGGCUGAUUUGAUGGAUCUUACCAGCGUUGUAAAGGACAAUUUGCUGAAAGAGAAACAGGACAUUUUUAAGCAAGAACUUGACAAACAAGUUAAGAGUUUUAUUGUGGAAGUGAUCCAGUUUAGAAAUCGUUUCGAUACACAAGGUCCAGCGGCCCCUGGUGUGAAGCCAGAGGAAGCUGUGGCUCGACUACAUGAUUUCAAUGAGAAAUACCAGGCUUAUGAUGCUAAAAGGAAAACCCUGAACUCGGUGCAGAAACUUUUCAAUAUCGUUCCAAAGAAAUUUUAUGAGUUGGACAGGACUGGAAAGGAUUUGGAGCUACUGGGAACACUGUAUAUCCUGUUCCAGAAGUUUAUUGAGUUUGACCAGCGGUUCCGGAACACACUUUGGGCACACGUGGACCUUAAAAUAAAUAACCAGGAGAUUGAACAAUAUUCUUCCGAGUGCCAGAUGUGGGAUGAUAAACUAAAGGAUUGGGAUGCCUAUAAUGAAAUGGCUCGAAAUAUCACAUUUUAUGAAGAUGUGUUCCCUAUUCUACAUAAACUAAAAUCUAAGGAAAUUCGGAAUCGUCACUGGCUUCAAGUCAUGUCUGUAACAGGAAGCUCAUUCCCGCUUGAAGCUAAUGUCUUUAAAGUAUUCCACCUUCUGGACAUCGGACUUUUAAAAUUUCGUAAGCAGUUACUUUCAAUAGCAAAUGCAGCAAGAAAGGAAAUGGAACUGGAAAUUAAAAUGAGAAAGGUGGAGGAAGAAUGGAGUGAGCAGGUCCUGAACUUCAAACCUUACAAAAACAAAGUCUUGUUGGUAAAGGAUGAGUCCCUUAUUUUACUGGAAGAGUUAGAAGAUGCUCAAGUGCUACUUGCACAGAUGCUGUCCUCAAAGGAAAUUGAUCCCCUAAGAGAGGAAGCAACUACCUGGGCAGAGAAACUUAAGCGUGUGGGAGAUGUUUUGGAGCUGUGGAUUGAUGUACAGGAGCUAUGGCAGCAUCUUGAGGAAGUGUACAAUAAUCCUACUAUUAUCCAGGAACUACCACGGGAUGCAAGAAGAUUUGCAAAAGUUAACAGAAGGUGGACUUUGAUGAUGGUUUCGGCAUACAAGACCAAAAAUGUCCUUCAGUGCUGCUGCACAGGAGAUGUUCCCAAAGAUGUUCUUCUGAGACACUUCUACCAGGAACUUGAGAUUUGUUUUUGUGCUCUAAAUUCUUACCUUGGCAGAAUGAGACAGACCUUCCCUCGAUUCUACUUCUUGUCAGAUCUGGCCUUGAUAUCUGUGCUUAGCAGGCCCUAUGAUACCAAAUAUCUUCACCAUCAUUUGAGGUGCUUGUUUAGUGGUGUUUCCUCUAUUAAAGUAGAGAGAAUUGAAGAGGAGGAAAGUGUGAUAUCUGAUGAAGAGGAAGUUGAAGCUGCAGAACCAGUUCUUGAUUUUUUAAGUGUUCGAUCUGGAAAUGAAGGUUGGCUAUCAACAGGUCAAAGAAGCACAACACAUGUCACUGACACAGAAAGUAUAUUUCAGAGGUCAUUAAAAUCUGCUGGCAUAUCCCAGGAAAGGAAUCGAACCAUAUCAUAUAAGGAACCUAGUUUAAGAAUAAAUGCAGUGGCCGUCACAGGAUAUGCAGGAGAGUGUUUGCAGUUGGAUGAAGAGGUCGCCAUUACUUCUAGCUUAGGUGCCUGGCUCAGUAAGUUGCACAGCAGCCUACGUACUUCAUUAAAUAACAAAAUCUAUGACGUCAUUGAAGACAUUAAUCAAGGAAUGGCUAUAGAUGAGUGGACGCAAAAGUACCCAACCCAAGCUGUAGUUCUCGGCCUGCUUUACCAAUGGACUAGAGACUUUGAAAGUUCUAUUUUUGAAAUUAGACAGGAUCGCAGAACUCAGUCUCGUAUCCUCAAGAAGUAUACAGCAAUGGCAAUCAAACUGUCUACUAUCACUGCUAAAGGACAUUGGAAAAAUAUGGAAGAAACACUCUCCCAGUCACAGAGGCUUAAACUAGAAAAUUUAAUUAUGCAAAUACUUUAUCUUCGUGAUGUCAUGGAAAACAUUUUAUCCCGGAAAGUACGAGAGACUUCUGAUUUUGAUUGGAAAAGAACCAUCAAGUUUUACCUGAAGGAAAAAGAUGGAUCGUCCAGACAUGAGCUAAAUAUAUUGGAUUCUCAAUAUACUUAUGGAUGUGAAUUUUACGGUGCAAAAAUUCCUUUGAUUAUGAAUCCUGUGACAGAGAAAUGCUUUUUUAAAAUAUCUCAGAUAUUGCAACAGAAUAAUGGUGUAAUCCUUCAAGGAGACCAUAGUGUUGGAAAAACUGAAACAAUAAAGGGGCUGUCAUAUUUACUGGGAAAUUUUCUAUACGUCUUCACAUGUUCUUCAAUAACAGACAUGUCAGCUCUCAGUAGAGUCAUACAUGGAACAGCUCUUGAUGGAUGCUGGAGCUGCUUUGACGAUUUUCAUCUCCUCCCUGAGAAUGCGGUCUCCGUCUUUAUACACAGUACACAGUCUCUGUAUGACUCAAUACAGGCAGGACUGCUCAGAAUCAGUUUACAGGAUGGAUCCCAGGUUGAAGUACAACCUAGCUGCAGCCUAUUUGUCACAGUCUCAAAAUCUGGAUUCCAGAGUCUACCAAAGGAUAUUUUGGCUACAUUUAGAGCAGUUUCUUUGGUUUUUCCGGAUAACACAGUAAUUCUUAAAGCCAAACUUGCCAGCCUUGGCUUCAAAGGCCCAAAGGCCCUCACCACAAGACUACAGCUCACCUCAGAACUGCUUAAGGAACAACUACCAGAAGAAUAUCACUGCCAUUUCAGUUUACAUUCUAUGUUAGAAAUUAUACACAGAGCAGUUCAACGUCGAGAAAUGGAAAAGACAAUAAAUGGUCGUAUUGAGAUUGAGGGAGGAGGAUUUUCCCGAUCUAGCAGUGUUAUGUCAUACCAACAGUUUACAGCAUUUGCAACAAGUCCAGUGCCUAGUUUAAAAACUGGUAACAGUGCAAACAGAAAUAAGAAAGUCAUCUCAGCUAAUCCUAUUCUUGCUGCUGUAAAGGAAAGCCAUGCUUUAAUAGCUGAUUCAUUGCAAGAUGUCAUUGGCCCAAGAAUGACUGGUGAUAAUCAUUUGGUACUUAAACAAAUAGUGGGAGACGUGUUUUCUGCAAUGUAUGACCCAUCAGAUUCCAGACAGAUCCUUCAAAAGGAAAUUGAAAAAGCUAUUUUAUUGAAAUCAGAAGAAAAUAAAUUGUUUCCCCAUUCUCCAUGGCUUAGUAAAGUCAAACAGCUAUUUAAUUUAUCUCUAAUAAAUUCUGGUGUGAUAGUGGCAGGACCACCCGCUACUGGAAAAAGUUCCUGUAUUAGUACUUUAGUUCAGGCUCUUAAUCAUAUACAGAUCUCUGGUGGGGAAGCAUCCCAUAAGAUUGUGAAGAUUCAUCCUCUGAGUGUUGACAGCAUGACUUUAAUGUUUGGCGGUCAGAAUGCAUCACACAUGUGGCAGGAUGGCGUUAUCAGCUAUUUGUGGAAGAAGGCAAUUCGGAAUCACUGUAAUACAUGGCUCUGGUUUGAUGGACCUCUGAACGGCAGCUGGGCUGACAACUUUAACAGUGUGCUUGGACCAGAGAAAGUUUUACAACUGAGCAAUGGUGACUACUUGGAACUUCCGGAAAAUCUUAAAUUGAUUUUUGAAACAACUGGUUUACAAACAGCUUCGCCUGCAACCCUUACAAAAGCGGGAAUAUUGUAUAUUGAAGAUGAAGCUCUUGGUUGGAGACCAUUGUCUAAAAUGUGGUUGGAUGGAAGAAACCAACAGGAGAAUGCUGUUCUUUCUAAAGCUUUCUACCGGACUUUGGACCCCAUCUUCAAUCUAAUUCUUCACGAUGCCAAGCUGAUUGUUCCAGUAACAGAAGUUGGCUUGUUUCAUUCUUUUACAAACUUACUAACAAUCAUGCUGAAUGAUAAGGCUCAGAGUAUUGGGGGACAGCUGCAUAUUGAGAGGCUUUUCAUCUUCUGCCUUAUCUGGUCAGUAGGAUCACUCGUUGAAUGUUCAGAAAGAAAGAAGUUCAGUGAUCUGCUAAAGGUUCAUACAUCAGUUUUACCAGAUGAUGACCAAGAGAUUUCAGUAUUUGAUUAUUUUCUGGAUGAGUCCGGAGAGUGGGACACAUGGCAGACACGCUUACCAGAUAUCACAUAUAUUGGUAACACAGAUAUCAUGGGAGAAACAUUUAUUGAAACCCAAGAUACGAUUAUAGUGCGUACUUUCUUAGAGUAUGCCAGCAUGGGAUCCCAACAUGUCUUAUUAACUGGACCUCAAGGUUGUGGGAAAACAGCAUUAAUGAAUGACUUCAUUUCUACUCAAGACCGGACACGCACAUUGCUUAAAAGAAUGGUGUUUUCAGGAUCUUCAAAGGCCAAAGAACUCCAAGAAUUGUUAGAGCAAAAUACAAUUCACAGACAAGGUUUUAUAUAUGGUGCAAGAGAUGGGAAAACUCUGCAGUUAUUCAUCGAUGAUCUGCACCUUCCUACACCUGAUGAGAAUAUGGUACAGAAUUGCAAUGAGCUAUUAAGAAUGCUUCUUGAUGAGAAAACUUUGGUGAGAUAUAACAAACCUUUUGAGUGGCAGACCAUAGAAGGGCUCCUUGUAAAAGCUGUAAUGGGUCAGCCCAAAUAUACCAGCAGUGGCCAUAAAGUUUCAGCACAACGGCUAUUGCGGCAUUUCUCCAUAUUCCAUCUACCGGAUCUAGAAGGGUCCCAGCUACAAAAAGUGAUUUUCUCUGUACUAGAGGCAAAUAUGGGUGACAAGGAUGGCCUCUCGCUACAAGAAGAUCUUCAGUUAUCCUUGGCAAAAGCCUCUUGCCAUCUCUUGGAAUCUGUCAAAAAAGUCUUAGUUAUCUCUUCAACACCAGGCAGACAGCACUAUCUCUUCUCUUUGAGAGAAAUAACAAAAGUUUUUCAGUCUCUUCGGAAGCUGUCCAAUGAGGAUCGUGAAGACCGUUGCACUGUUGUAGGAUUCUGGGAACAUGAAAUAAAAUGCGUAAUACAGGACCAGUUGUGUCGGCAUGCAGACAUCAGUUGGUUCAAGUCAGAAUUGACAACAACAAUCACAGAGUAUUUUCCAGACAUACCAACAGUCGCACCUCAAAAAAUAUUCACAACAUUACCAUUAGAAAUGAAGUUUUCUCAUCAAAUCCGUUCAGAUAACAAAGAUGCCAAGGUCUUGCUGCAGUCCCUUGAAAAACUUGAUGAUGUACAAAGCUUCUUGGAGACCAUUGUUCAGCAUUACAAUGAGGAGUUUGGACACCAAAAGCUGUAUAUUGAAUUAUCAGAGAAUGUUGUGAUCCAAGUGAUCCGUUUACACAGGAUCUUGUGCGGGGAAAAUGGGGGUAAUGCUUUAUUAGUAGGCUGCAUUGGAUCCCACCUUUCCACGCUAGUUAAGUUGGCUCUCUACAUCGCUGAGAUACCUCUUCAUGCAUUGGAUAUAUCUGGGAAAAACAGCUUUUUGAACAGUCUGAAAUCAGCUAUUCAGAUCUCAGCAGUUGAAGGAAAACCAACAGCCAUUCUAUGCACUGCAGAAGAACUGGCCACAGAGGGGUGUCUUAAUGCCAUUAACAGCCUGCUGAUCUGUGGGGAAUACUCAUCAUUGUUCACGACUGAAGAGAUGAAUGAUCUCCUGCAGGUUCUGGGACCGGCACUACGGAGAAAACAUCCACAUCUUGGUUAUGACCCUGCUAAGUACUUUAUUUCUCAAGUGAAAACAUAUCUACGAAUAAUAGUUUGUAUUUCUCCAUACCAUGAACUUCUAAAGUCUGCCUCAGGAAAAUAUCCUGGACUCUUGACUGGUUGCCAGCUAAUCUGGAUUGACAGCUGGUCACAAGAUGUUCUUAAGAGGGAAGCCAAACACUACAUAAUUCAACACGGGAUUAUGGAAGCCCACACAGAAGAAACAUGUGAAAAUGUAGCAACAGCUAUCACCUUGAUUCAUAGUUAUAUGCUUCAUCAAAAUGACCAGAUCCCAUGGGCAGGGAACAGGGAUCCCGACAUAUUUUCCAAGGAUGCAAAUGAAGCUGGUGAGAGAAAUUGCGCACUCAGAGAUGUGGCGUCUGUCCAGUUUCCAUACAGCAAAGAUAUUACUCAGGAAAAACUCAAGUCUCUACUUUCAAAGGAAACGGCAAUGAGAGACAAAGUUUUUGUUGGUCCCAGCACAUUACAAAUGUUUUUGAAUAACUUGAAAGGUAUCUUCCUAAAGAAAAUGGAAGAACAACGCAACAUAAAUAAUCAGCUGAGGCAUGUACUUGAUACACUUGCUAAUACUAGGAAGCAUGUAAAGAUAACUCAAGAAAGCAUUGUUGGACUUGAAGAAAAAUAUAAGGAAGCACAAAUCAUUGUUUCAGAUAUUCUGAAUAAACUUGUCACAAAGUCUUCCAUGUUAGAGCAACUUAAAGCUGUAUUAGGUAUCGGAGAUGAAUCACUGCAAAUUUUCCUUUCACAAAAUGAAAAUGAUUUUGACAAUUUUGAUGAAAAUGAUGACCUAUUAAAAGACGAUGGUUGUGACGAAUAUGAUGCAGCAUUUUAUCGCAUGAAAGAGGCUAAUAAAAAGUCAUAUCUGCAUGAUAUCUUGCAAAAGAUAGAGAAGGCAGCUGAUGAGCUAGAGGAGCUUAGGAAAAACCAAGCAUCCAUAAAAAAUGAGGUGAUGCACUGGUGUAGUAAAGUUGACAAGCCAUGUAUUGAAAGACUUGUCCGAUGUCAGAAUCCCCCAUACUUGGUUGCUCAGAUUUUGGAAAUGGCAUUGGUCAUGACCAGUUGUCUUCCUAAAGUUGAAAAUAUUAAGGACCUUCCAAAAACACCUACUCCUAUAACUGAAAAGUCAGAAAGUAGAACUAGUAACAGACUUCUGCCCUCUCCAGAAGGCAAAUUUACCCCAUCAAAGAGAGUAGGUAUGAGAGAUUCUACUGACAAGGCUGACAGAGCAAGAUGGAAGAAAAUGCAAUAUCAAAUUGGAGAGACCAGCAAAUUUGUUGAAAUGAUACAUCAGAUUGCUAAACUUGAAGAUGGUCUUCCAGACCAGACCUUGAAAGGUGUGGAAACCUACCUUGGCAAAGCCAAAGAAGGGUCCAGUGGUGUAACUGGCGAAGGUUCCUUGUUAGAAAAUGCAGCUCCAUAUGCAACUCCCCAGUCCAUUACCCCAGCCAAAAAAUAUUCACACACUGAUUAUAACAAAAAUAAAGAUGCAAAAGCAGGAGGAAUUACUAUAGCAACUGCCCGUUACAGCUCAGAGGAUGCAGCAUCUUUGGUGGCAUUUGUUGUUGCCAUUGUAGAAUACACUCGGCUUUGUACACCGCUGAAGGAAUGUCAGAAAAAAUUGUCAGAUUUAGAAAGAGAGAAAGAAGAUUUUAUAUUAAAAGAGGCACAAUCUAAAGUGAUACCAGAGACCUUUGAGGAAGAGCCAAAUGUGUUGUAUCAUCAGACACUGAGCACACUCACAGCAGAUGAUCUUCCUCUUCUUCAAAAAGAGGUAACACUGCUCCAUGAAGAGUACGAUGCUGCUGUCAAUCAUAAACACCAACUUGAAGAAGAAUUGCAGUCACACAAAGAGAAGCUACAAGCAGCUGUAAAUAUGCUGGAUAGAUUGAAAAUGCAAGAACAAGGAUGGCAAGAGAGACUGAACCAAAGUAAUAUUAGAGAUCUGCUCACAAACUGUGUGCUGGCGGCAUCCUUUAUCACGUAUUGCCCUGCCCUCAGUGUGGAUGGGAGGAGGAAAGUUGCGGAUUUGCUUUUUGAAUUAUGUAAACGCUGUGGUCUUCACCUUCCACAGAGAAUGCUCCUAAAGAACCUUUCACUUUUUGAGCUCUUGCAAUCUCCGAUUGAAAAAAAGAUUUUGGAGAAAAAGGGUCUACCAACAGACCCCCUUGCUUUGGAUAAUUCAUGUAUAUUUUCCAAUACACUGGCCAGUAAUUCUUGGGUAUUAGUGAGUGAUCCCACUGGGCAGGCGAUUGACUGGAUUAAAGGCCACUUACCAGAAGAUACUGUUGAAGUAAUGUACAAUGCUCUGCAUUCUGAGAUGGAUACAUGCCUGACAGUUGGACAUUCACUUUUGCUGACUUAUUUUGACAUCCAAGAUCUAUCUCUUGAUGUCUGCCUUAGACAGAUCCUCCGCUCUAAAAGAGAAUUUCUGCAGCAUAAUGUGCCAUUCAAAAUGAUGGUGGGAAAGCAUGAAGUAGAAUGCCACCCUAAUUUCCGUCUUUACUUACAUACAACCAGAAUGGCAGAAGAAAUAUCUCCAGAAGUAGCCUCUUUCUGUAACAUCUUGUACUUCUACCAGAAUAGAGAAGGAAUGGUUGAGCAGCUGAUGGACAGAUUUGUUGAAUUAGAAAAGCCUAGACUAAAAGAGGAACAUGUGCAACUGAAACAGGAGUGCUUGAAUAAUAUGAUAAUACUGUCCGCUUUGGAAGAGAAAAUCAUAACAACUCUGCAAAGUCAUGAUUCGCUCUUGCACAGUUUAUCUGUUACUAAGAAGUUGGCAGACUUGACAAUGCAGCAUGAAGAAGCCACAGAAAUGUACCUGAAGACUGUUGCCUUAGAAGACAACUUGUUACUUGCCAGGGGAGGUUUCCGUGAGAUCGCUGUGCGUGGUGCUGUGAUGUUAGACACUGCAAGAAUGCUUCAGCAACUUAACAGAAUGUAUGACACCAGUUAUAAACAGCUGCUGCAACUGUUUGAUGUAUCUGUGGCACAUUCAGAAAGGUAUUCACUUAAAGGAAUAGUGGCCUGUGUAACAAGUAACAUAUUCUCAUACACAUCAAGAUCCUUGCUGGAAAAAGACAGAAUGGUUUAUGCCUUACUCGUAGCAUUUGAGGUGGAAGACUCACUAGGAAGAAUAAAACCAGGUGAGAGAGAAUUCAUCUUUUCACCAGAGCUAUGUGUCACAGUGCUAAAGAGGUUGAAUAGUAAGAUGUCUGAGUCACGUCAACAGGCAAAAAAUCCAUUCGACUGGAUGAGUGAAGAACAAUUUAAAAAUGUGCAGAUUCUUGCUACAUACUAUGACUGGUUUGGAGACCUCUUUGAUCGAAUGUUCAAAGACAGUAAAGACCUAACAUGGAAAACAUUUUGUGAAAAUGAUCAGCCAGAAAAUCCUUCCAAGGUUAAAUGGCCUGAAGGAAUUGAAGCACUAAGCCCACUUCAGAAAUUUAUGGUUUUGCGGGCUGUAAGGGUGGACAGAAUACUACCAUCAGCCUCUAACUAUAUCAGCGCUGCACUGGGAAAAAUGUACGCAUCAGAUGUAGUCACAGAUCUUCAGGCAACUCAGUCAUGGAUGUCACCACAUGAGCCAGCUUUACUAAUUUAUAGUGCAGAUUGUAAAUUGCCAUACGCCCUACUUAAGGAUUUUGCAGAAACAAAGAACCAAAAAAUUUCAGUUUUUCCCAUUAAUUUGCCUGAAGUAAAAAUAAGGGAUUCCUUGAUCCAAGCAAUGUCUGAGGGUAGUUGGAUACUAAUAGAGAACGUCCAUAAUUCUUACAAAUUAAUGGUGUCACUUGGGGAAAUUCUUAAGUCUAAGAAGAAUCCAGACAAAAACUUUCGACUGUGGCUUUCUGUUCAAGCCAGAGAAGAUCUACCAGCACCUCUGCUUCAUUACACUGUAAAAACAGUCGUGGACAUCCCAAUGAAUAUAAGGCGUGGGAUCAUUCAGUCUUGGAAGUUUGUUUACCCUGAAACACUAGCUUCAAGUUCUCGCCCAGAGUGGCCACCUCUUCUACACAAUCUUUGUUUCUUGCAUUGUGCUACCCGCUUCAGAACGUUAUAUGGUGUGUCAGCAGGCUGGAAUGGUCCAGAUGCAAUGCGAUUUGGAUGUGCAGAACUGAUGGAAAGCAUUGAGGCCUUAAAGCUUGAAUUUAAAGAUAACCUUGAGAAUGCAGGAAAGCUUCCAUCUUGGACUGCUGUGAGAUACCUACUAUCAGAAAUAAUUUAUGGGCGCAAUGUUGCAGAUGAAUUUGACAUGACAGUUCUGACAUCAAUGAUUGAUUAUUGGAUCAGUCUCAAUACAACAAAGAAAGACAGCGAACUAACUAAAUUAAAAUUCAGAAUUCCACCGAUUUUCUUUAAUCUGGAUUCAAAUCCUACUUCACUGACACAGGCACUGGAAUCCAUUCCCCAAUAUUCAUUAGAUGCUCCUGAGGCUUUCCAUAUGUACCUCUCUCCAGUGGUUCAGUUCGGUGAACAAUAUUACGUUAUCUCAAAGCUCAGCAACCUUUAUGGUUUUAAACAAGGGCUGUGGCGACAAGGUGAAAAAUCUUUAUCAACAUCUCAGAAAGGUUUGAAACCAGUUCCAUUUGCAAGUUCUCUUUCCUUAUUGACUCUACCAGACAUUUUGCCCAACUCUGCAGACAUAUUUAUACUCAGGCUGUCAGAGGUUCAGGACAUCUGUACUUCCAUUUUGUCCAAGCUGCCACGAGGAUGGAGUCGGGAUUUCAUCAAUGACCGUCUUAAAAAACUUGGCGGAGACACACCAUUCAAUCUGUUUCUAAAGAAAGAAAUACAUUAUCUUAUGUCACUGAUAUCUGAGAUUAGAAACAAUCUGCAGAUGAUAAGAAAUUCCCUGGAUUCAUCUGACAUUUUAGGAGAUCAACUUUCAGAUUCGGACAUUAUUACCAUUGUUCAUGAAUUGUCUCACAAAAAAACCCCAGCACACUGGAGUAAUGUGGCGUGGAAUUUCUCUUGCCCAUCUGAUUGGUCUGUGUCAUAUUUCAUUCAAGAUUUACAACAGAGAGUAACACACUUUGAGAAGCUUCUUCAGCUUGGACGGGAAAAAAUGCCAAUAUAUUGGCUAGGAGCAUUUCGUAAUCCAAAAGGUCUGCUAUCUGUACUAAAACAAGAGGCAGUUCGCAGAUACUCAGAGAGAACUGGAAAUGUGGACUCCAUAGAAUUCAAGACAGAAAUAACACAAAGAGACAAGGAACAUAUAAGAGAUCCUCCCCAAGAAGGAAUUUUUGUACAUGGAGUCCACCUAUGGGGAGUGCACUGGAACAAGACUGAUGGAGAGAUUGUCGAUUCCCCUCCAAAGCAUAGUCUCAAUAUCUUACCAGUUAUUCAUCUGCAAUGUUUUCCUACUUCAGAAAUGUCUGGCAAUUAUGAUACCCAAAAAUCUGAUACAUACCUGUGUCCAGUGUACCUCUCAUCAACGUCUAUACGAGAGCCAGUUUUCCAUUUAAACAUUCACAAAGAAAAUAUUGCUAGCUCUAGGUGGGCUCUGAGGGGUAUGAAAGCAACAGUACAUCCGUUUUGAAUUAUUUUUCAUUCUGUACCUAUAAUCAAGAUUUGUGAUGAUAAUCAUAAUAUAUACAUAGUAAUAUAUAUUUUAUAAAUAACAAAAAGAAAGCAUACAUGCACUCACCGCAGAGACAGUACCAAUGCUUUCGGGGGUCCGGGGCUACAGGAUCAUGCAGAGAUGUGCAGGAGCGCUCAUGAUCCCAUAGCCCGGACUCCCAGACGCGUUGAUACCGUCUUGGCGGUGAGUGCACGUAUGCUUUCUUUUUGUUAUUGUUCACUAGAUGCUUCAUCUGAUACGUGUAUCCCACAGGUAUCGCUGAUUUAUUGAAGACCCGUGAUCUCUGUCUAUGGUAUAUCCACAGUUGUCACAUAGAAGGUGUUGUAUACUUGGUCCAUACAGUCAUUUAGUGUGCUCUAGGGUGUUCCAUAUAUUUUAUAAAUAACACUGGAUAAGGUUGAUACAUGUAAAGUAUCUACCAUUUCUAUGCUCUGAUAGAGUGUAGAAUCUGGAAAUACUGAAUAAAAAUAGUUUUUUAAAGA